UAAAAACGUUUUUGCUUUUUAGAUAGCUAAGUAACAUUACUACCAUGAAGACUUUGAGCUGUAGUUUUGUUUUGUUACAAGGGAUCUUUUUUCUUCCCUUUUUAGUUGACAAUGUUUCUCUUGACAAUAUUGAUCCGUCGACAGUUACAAAUAAAGUGUCCGGAGUUUUACGUGAUAUUCUGAAUAAGGAUACUUUAGUACGGCUGUCAAUGGUUCAGAAAAUACAAUCACUAGCAAUGGAUGCCAUAGAUUCUAGAAACAACACCCAAAAUUUAAUGAAAAUGAUUAAUGACAUGAUGAAAGAAUUAAAAAAUAUGAGGACAACGCAAAGAAAGAUUGAAGAGGAGAUAUCGAAUUUUGAAAAGAAAUUAAGGGAUGAAUUUAUUAAGAUUUUAAAGGAGCAACAUUCCAAAAGUCAACUGGAAAAUAACUCUUCAAGUGGCGGUGCCAUUUUUGUUAAUUGGGGAAAACCAAAGUGUCCAGAUAAUACAUCACAGAUGGUAUAUUCGGGUUUUCUUGGAGGAUCAGAAUACAGUACAAAGGGAGCGGCCGUCACCAAUGUCUGUCUUUCCCCUGAUCCAAUCUUUGGAAACUGGUCAAUAUUAGGAUCGGUGAAUGUUAUGUAUGGAUCAGAACUGGAUUACGAUUUAGUUGGACACGGAACAGGAACCCAAGACACCACGUGUGCAGUGUGCAAAAGUAAGAUUCACUCCUCCGUUGUUAUGAUCCCUGGGAGAAAUGAAUGUUAUCCGGGAUGGAAGAAACAAUAUGGCGGAUAUCUAAUAUCUGGUCCGACUGGAAAUUCCCCUAAGGAAAUUAUCUGUUUCAAUGAAGAUCCUGAGUUUGUUGUAGGUGGCGGGGAUAAUGAUAACGGAAAUCUUCUAUAUCCAAUUAAAGCUGUCUGUGGUUCCCUUCAGUGUCCACCUUACGUAAAUGGAGAAUUAUUAACCUGCGCUGUGUGCACCCAGUAAUGUGAUACAUGGAGGAUUUAUAUCAUUAUUGUAGUAAGGAUUGAUUGAUUGUGUGUUAUUUAACGUCCCUCUUGAUAUUUUUUUUACUCAUAUGGAGACGCCACAACUUCCAUGGAGAGCGGCAAAAUUUGUCCUAUACUCAGCACUCAGGGUCAUAGAGCUGGGAGGGAUCUUUUUCGAUUCAGCACUUACUGCGACACGGGACCUCUAUUUACUGAGUAUACGGUCUCAUCCGAAGGACCUGUAUCCAUGUCCCACAAUGGGAUUUGAACCCGCAACUUAAGGAUCAACUUCUUACUUCGCAACUCAAAAACAAACGCUUUAACCACUGCGCCAAGCGAGCGAUUGACGUAAGGAAAAUAGUACACUUCCAAGACAAUAUUCUGACGCUAUAUAUUCUGACUGAUUUUGAAAUGUUUAGCAAAAUGUUUUUUCUUACCCCAACUGAUCAUAAAAAGGUUAAUUACACCAACAGAUAACUUUAUGUUACAUAACAGCACCACUUCUUCUUGUCAAAUAUCCAGAUGUAGAUAAGGAUACCAUAUAGAUUUUUUUUAGUUUAGAAAAUAAAGAGAGAUAACGAACAGUAUUCAACCUCAAAUGUCCUUUCAACAAUACAAAAUUGAAGCAAAAUAAACAUGGACCUCUAAAACAUCAGGGGUUUGUCCAGAUGCCAUGGAGGAGUGAGCAUCCCCUGCCGGCCUGUCAUAACCGUCGUGUGCCCCAUGUCAUGAUCGACCCCCCCCCCCCGAAAAACUGGUCGUUCGUUGAUAUUAGCCUUAUAAUUAGUAUGAUGAUCUUCAGUCAGCAUUUGACCUAAUGACAAAUGGUAUUUGCUGACAAAGUCAUUGUAUCAACUAUAAAACUUACGAACUUACGAAUGGUGACUGCUUAUAUUCUUAUUUCAUCACUUUAUUUGUCAAUAAUUUGCCUCGAUUGAGAAAUUAUCCAUGCGCAAGGAAUGCUCUUUCGGAGCGAAUUAUCUGAUUUACAAAUUCCAGUUUUACAAAAA